AUGCUGUCUCCAACGCGCAUCGCUUCCCGCGCCGUCUCAGCAGCAGCAGCGCCACCCCGAACCCUGCGGCUGCUGCUGCCGCGCCCGACGCAUCUCUCCCGUCUUCUCCAGCAUGGCGGCAGCAGCAAGAGCAGCAACAGGACGACGAGGACGCUGAUGAGCUCGUCGCGCGCGCGGCCGGCGCGGCGGAUGCCCGAGGACGCGCCGCAGCUGCGGUACACGAUGCCGGCGUUCCCCGACGAGCCCGUCACGAUUGCGUGGACCGUCGACGCCAUCUUCGCGCAGGACGACGCGCGCAAGGACGUCCAGGCGCUCAGGCCCAUGACGCUGCGCGACAGCUGCGCCUGCGCCCGCUGCAGGGACCCCUUCUCGGGCAACAAGACGUACCGCUCGACCGAGAUCCCCGACGGCCUGGGCAUCGCCCACGUCGAGCCCUCGGAGACGGGGCUGGUGGUGACGUUUGCGCACGACAUCCCGCGCCUGUCCGACGGCAGCGGCGAUAGCUUGCACCAGACCCUCGUCCCCUGGAACACGGUCGAGGUGGCCCUGAGGCGGCGCGGCGCGCGGGAGCCGGAGGACAGCGAGGGCGAGGGUGAGGGCGGCGGCGGCGGCAACACCGUCAUGUUCCCCCGGCAGCGGUCUGUGACGAUGCAGACGGGCGUUCGCUACUGGGACCGCGCCGUGCUGGACCAAGAGGUGCGCACCAUCGACUUCGACGACUACAUGCAGGGCGGGCCGGCGUUCUGGGACGCCGUCCUCGACGUGUGCCGGCUCGGCAUCGUCUACCUGCGCAACGUGCCGCGCGACGAGCGCUCCGUCGUCGACAUCACGACGCGCAUGGCCAACAUCCGCGAGACGUUUUACGGCCGCACCUUCGACGUGCGCGCCAAGCCCGGCGCCGACAACGUCGCCUACACCAGCGGCGCCCUCGGCCUCCACCAGGACCUGCUCUACCUCGACCCGCCGCCCAUGGUCCAGGUGCUGCACUGCCUGGACAACUCGUGCGACGGCGGCGAGUCGCUCUUCAGCGACGGCGACCGCGCCGCCCACCUGCUGUGGCCCUUUGUGCGCGCCAGCCGUCGCCUCGCGCCCCUCGACCGCCGCCUCAUCCCCUACCACUACGCCGGGAACGGCUUCCACUACCACGCCCUCCGCCCCGUGCUGCGCGGCCCGGACCGCGGCGGCUCCUCCCUGCCGGACCUCUUCUGGAGCCCGCCCUUCCAGGCGCCCCACGACUACGCCGCCCGCGACCUGCGCCCCUGGGUCGACGCCGCGCGCUUCCUCGAGCGCCUCUUCUCCGCCCCCGACGCCGUCCACCGCCGCAAGCUGCAGCCCGGCGAGUGCGUCAUCUUCAACAACCUGCGCGUCCUGCACGGCCGCACCGCCUUCGAUCCCGGCUCCGACGGCCACCGCUGGCUGCGCGGCGCCUACAUUGCCGCCGAGGACUUUCUCAGCCGCGCCGCCCACGUGCCCCUCGCCCAGGCCCAUGCCUAUCGCGGUCCGGUCCCGUGGACCCCGGACGUGGCCAGGGAGGCGCUGCGCUUGUCCCAGUGGCAUGCCGAGCUGCGCACCGAGGUUUGCAACUUUGACCCUCCCGUUGCCAGGCGCCUGGUCCGGUAG